AUGGUGAACACUAUCGCCAACAUGCAGGCUCAGAUGUACCAAACUCUACCAGCUCCACCAUCACCAGCAAGGGAUAGACACAAGGAGUUCAUGAGCCACAAACCUCCCUCGUUCUCUCAUUCAUCUGAUCCUCUAGAAGCUGAUGACUGGAUCAAGACAGUGGAGAAAAUGCUGAACAUCGCUCAGUGCACUGACAGAGAGAAGGUCCUUUAUGCAUCAGGAAGGUUGGAAGGGACCGCAGCAGAUUGGUGGGAUGCCUACACUGCAGCCCACGACACCCCCAACACCAUCACCUGGCAGGAGUUCCGGAAUCGGUUCUGGGAGCAUCACAUACCUAAGGGUCUGAUGAAGCUUAAUAAGAAGGAGUUCCUUGCGUUGAAACAGGGGUCUAUGUCUGUGAGUGAGUAUCGGGACAAGUUCAUCCAAUUGUCUCGCUACGCUCCCGCAGAUGUAGCCGAUGAUGAAGAGAAGCCGGAUCAUUUUAGGGAGGGUCUGAUUGGUCCUAUCAUGUAUCAGCUGAUGGUGCAUACCUUCGAGAAUUUCCAGAAAAUGGUGGACAAUGCCAUCCUGGUGGAACGUGCUCGUCAGGAGAUGGGUGAGCAGAAAAGGAAGUUUGAGUCCUCAGGGCAGAGCAACAGCAAUUCCCGUCCUCGUUAUACAUCCCCGCAAGGAACACCUUUCUGCCUAGGAGGACAGAAUGUCAACUACGGGCAGAGUCAGUACCAGCGCUUCAACCAGCAGGGUCAACAGCAGCAGCAAGCUCAGCAUGCCGCUGAGAAGUGCUUCUUCGACACCCGUGCCACCAUCGCCAACAUCUUCGACGAGGACGUCAUCGACUGCUUCCAAAAUGGCUUCGCCGAGCGGCACCUCUACCGCUACUUUGGACGCAACCGGCCCAACACCAUCAUGGAACUUCAUGACAUGAUGCAGCGAUGGGGUGACCAGGAGGACUAG